CUCCUUCCUCUUUCUCCACUCCAUCUUCAUCAUAGCAGCUGCGGGGCCUGUGGUGCAGUCGUCAACAUGCAGCUCUUUGUCUACACCCAGGAGCUACACACCCUCGAGGUAACCGGCCAAGAGACUGUUGCCCAGAUAAAGGCUCAUGUAGCCUCUCUGGAGGGCAUUACCCUGGAAGAUCAAGUUGUGCUCCUGGCAGGCACGGCCCUAGAAGAUGAGGCUAUUUUGGGCCAGUGUGGGGUGGAGGCCCUGACAACUCUGGAAGUAGCCGGCUGCAUGAUUGGAGGUAAAGUCCAUGGUUCUCUGGCCCCAGCGGGGAAAGUAAGAGUUCAAACUCCUAAGGUGGCCAAACAGGAGAAGAAGAAGAAGAAAACAGGCCAGGACAAGCAGUAG